CUGCCCCUUUACAAAAUCCGAUGCGGAGGGGCGCGUGCUACAUUUCAUAUUGAUAAAGCCUCAAUUCCGGCGCAGGUAGUCGCCAAAGCCAAAAGCGCUUGUCGUUCUUAUGUUUGUGGCACAUCAACUAGAUCAAUUGUGAGUUGGGCGGGUGGAUCAGUCAGUCCCACCUCCUCCUCCGCCACUUGUGCGCUCUUUCUUUCUAUCGGUACGUGUCUCUUUCUCUCUCUGUUUUAAUUCCUUCCUUCCCCCCGGCGCACUUUCAGUUCCCUUCUCGGAGAAUGAGCUCUUCCUCCUUGGGCACAGACACUCUCCCAGGCAGCAGGACGCAGCAGGAAGGCGGCAUGAAGGUGAAGCAGAGCGGGGGGCAGGUGGUGGCCGCGGGCAUUACAGAGGAGCAGCUGCAUAGGAAGCCCCAUAUCAGCCCGGAGGAUGCGCUGGGGCUGCAGAAGAUCACAUCAGAUUACCUGUGUACCCCUGAAGAAAACAUUUACAAAAUAGACUUCACCAGAUUUAAAAUUCGUGACAUGGAGUCUGGCACCGUGUUGUUUGAAAUUACCAAACCGCCAGCAUCAGAACGUGACCAGGGUGAUAAAAAGGAUGGGGAUCCCAAUGCUGGCAGAUUUGUUCGGUACCAGUUCACUCCCGCUUUCCUGCGACUACGCCAAGUAGGAGCAACAGUUGAAUUCACAGUUGGUGAUAAGCCAAUUAAUAAUUUCCGUAUGAUUGAAAGGCAUUAUUUUCGUGAGCAACUAUUAAAAAGCUUCGAUUUUGAGUUUGGCUUCUGUAUCCCCAGCAGUAAAAACACUUGCGAACACAUUUAUGAAUUUCCACAGCUCUCAGAGGAUCUAAUUCGUGAAAUGAUUCUGCAUCCAUAUGAGACACAAUCGGACAGUUUCUACUUUGUGGACAACAAACUUGUGAUGCACAACAAGGCAGAUUAUUCAUACAGUGGAGGACCGUGAUCCCCGAAAAUAGCACGAGCGAGAAAAGCAUCAACAGCAAUCCCCUUUCCCCAUAGCAAUUAUGUAAGGGAUAACACCCAUUUUCCGUAGGCAAACAAUCCAGGAAACAAUAUACUGUUAUCGAGUAGGAAUUUUUUGACUGUACCCCAGUCUUUGUAGCACAUACAGAUAGUGCAAGAAUCGUCAAAAACGGAGGCAGUGGACUUACAAACCUUCCCAACAAGAUUGUGGCUUUUGGGUGUUGCAAAAAUCAAGGAUAUACCUAAAGAAAUACUUCUCUCUUGCUACGUAUAAAGGGUUCCUGGAACAUUGCAUUCUUAUCAAAGUCUUCUUAGGACCAACCUUUAUCAUAUCACAGGCAUGUCCUUUUUUAUCAAUAUUCUUGUUCUUUAAGAAAAGAGAGGAUAAAAAUCACUCAAUAGUUUUUUGUUUUUUUUUAAAUGAGCAUCAGAUUGGGGAAAAAAACCAAUGUGGUCAAGGAAAUACAAGCCAAAGAUUUAAUCAGUUCUUCCUCUUUGGGCUUGCACUUGUUAGGAU